AAUAAUUACCUGCGUUUUUGUCACAUACCAAAUUUGAUAAUGAGAUUUUUGAAUGUAUAAUCUCAAUCUGUUCAUCCCCAAUCGCUGAACGGUACUGAAUUUUUCACCAACCCCUAAAUCGAUCUUCUCCUUUUUCUCUCAUCGAAUUUCUCGUCCACCUCUAGCGCUCCAUUCCGAAAUCCAAUUGAUUCUGCCUAUCAUUUUCCAAUUCCGAAGUUUCAGAGUCGAUUUGGUGAUCUUCAAGAUCUGGUAAAUGCCUCAGGUUUGAUUGUUUUGGGGUUUUGAAGGUUGAAGACGAAAUCUAUCAGUCGCUGAGAAGAUGCGAAGUAAGGGAUCGAAUGCUCGGCUUUCGAGCAUGCCUAUUCGAUCCCGAAUUCCCACACUUUUGCUCUCCAUGUUCGCUACCUUCGCUUCAAUCUAUGUCGCUGGCCGGUUAUGGCAGGAUGCGGAGAACAGGGUUUACUUGAUUAAAGAGCUGGACAGGUUAACUGGUCAGGGUCAAUCUGCAAUUUCAGUGGAUGAUACAUUAAAAAUCAUAGCUUGCAGGGAACAACAGAAGAAGUUGUUGGCGCUUGAGAUGGACUUGGCUGCUGCUAGGCAGGAGGGUUUUAUGGUGAAGCAUUCAAGAGAGACUAACGAAACAAAGAUCCCCUUGGUUGUAAUUGGAGUUAUCACCAGAUUUGGCCGCAAAACCAAUAGAGAUGCAAUUCGUAAAGCAUGGAUGGGAACUGGUGCUUCUUUGAGAAAAAUGGAGAAUCAGAAGGGCAUAAUUGCUAGAUUUGUCAUUGGAAGAAGUCCAAACCGAGGGGACAGUUUAGACAGGGCCAUUGACGAUGAAAACGGACAAUAUAAUGAUUUCAUUAUACAUAACGACCAUGUGGAGGCACCGGAGGAGCUAUCAAAGAAGGCCAAGCUUUUUUUUGCUUAUGCAGUUGAUAAAUGGGAUGCUGAAUUUUAUGCCAAAGUCAAUGAUGAUGUUUACAUAAAUAUUGAUGUCCUAGGGAGCACACUUGCUUCUUACUUGGACAAACCUCGUGUCUAUAUUGGGUGCAUGAAAUCUGGUGAAGUGUUCUCAGAACCGAACCACAAAUGGUAUGAACCAGAUUGGUGGAAAUUUGGUGAUAAAAAAGCAUACUUCCGUCAUGCUUCCGGCGAAAUGUAUGUCAUAUCAAAAGCUCUGGCCAAGUUCAUUUCAAUAAACAGAUCUCUUCUCCGUUCUUACGCCCAUGACGAUGUCACGGCCGGCUCCUGGUUUAUCGGGCUCGAUGCCACAUACAUUGACGAGGGGAAGUUUUGCUGCUCUUCUUGGUCUGCUGGAGCCAUUUGCGCAGGUGUCUGAUUGGCUUGCUUGAAAAUCCUUGAUGGGAAGGGGAAGUGCCAGCCUGAAGAGAACACAGAACUAAUUUACAUGUUUAUGAUGUCGUGUGUGUCGCUUGGCGAAAGACAAUAAUAUUAGCUCGUCGGACACUGUCUUCGGAUUCUGUUACGCUAACGCUGAGUUCUCGAGAGACUGACCAGAGGUUCACAGUUUGUAAGAUGUGCAACAACAGUAUUUUCUUCAUUCUUUGGACUUCACUUCAUCAUACAGACGUUCUUAUCUGUUAUUUUGGCGUUCAUUUAGCACAUCCGGAUGUAUGUUAGUUAAUUCAUUCAGGCGAGUUGGACCUUUGAGAAAUGUAGAUUAUUAAAGGCACUGUUUUAUGAAGCACCUAUAAUUCAGGAUAACUCUCGAGUGGCAACACUCUCGUGCUGUUGUUCA